CACUUGGAGUUGCAUGAGAAAGGCUUGCAAAUGGAGGCUCCUCGCUCAGGAACAUACUUGCCAGCUGUGUAUGCCCCUCAGUAUCCUCCAGCAGCAGUCCAAGGACCUCCAGAGCAUACUGGACGCCCCACACUCCAGACUAACUACCAAGUUCCCCAGUCUGGUUAUCCAGGACCUCAGGCUGGCUACACAGUCUCAACAUCUGGACAUGAAGGUUAUGCUGCUACACGACUUCCUAUUCAAAAUAAUCAGACGAUAGUCCUUGCAAACACCCAGUGGAUGCCAGCACCACCACCUAUUCUGAACUGCCCACCUGGGCUAGAAUACUUAAAUCAGAUAGAUCAGCUUCUGAUUCAUCAGCAAGUUGAACUUCUAGAAGUCUUAACAGGCUUUGAAACAAAUAACAAAUUUGAAAUCAAGAACAGCCUCGGGCAGAUGGUUUAUGUUGCAGUGGAAGAUACUGACUGCUGUACUCGAAAUUGCUGUGAAGCGUCUAGACCUUUCACCUUAAGAAUCCUGGAUCAUCUGGGCCAAGAAGUCAUGACUCUGGAGAGACCUCUGAGAUGCAGUAGCUGCUGCUUCCCCUGCUGCCUCCAGGAGAUAGAAAUCCAGGCUCCUCCUGGGGUGCCAGUAGGUUAUGUGACUCAGACCUGGCACCCAUGUCUGCCAAAGCUCGCUCUUCAGAACGACAAGAGGGAGAAUGUUCUAAAAGUAGUUGGUCCGUGUGUUGCAUGCACCUGCUGUUCAGAUAUUGACUUUGAGAUCAAGUCUCUUGAUGAAGUGACUAGAAUUGGCAAGAUCACCAAGCAAUGGUCUGGUUGUGUGAAAGAGGCCUUCACGGAUUCAGAUAACUUUGGGAUCCAGUUCCCGCUAGACCUGGAUGUGAAGAUGAAAGCUGUGACGCUUGGUGCUUGCUUCCUCAUAGAUUACAUGUUUUUUGAAGGCUGUGAGUAGGAACAGAAAUCCGACCUGCAGUAGGGACCAAUGAAAGAGGACAGAGAAGAUCUGAAGUCUACACAAGGAGAUCAUACGAUUGAGAGACCUGGGGCUUUUUAAUUUCUUCAUUGAAAUUUCUCAGAAUCAAGCUGUUAUACAUGAAGCAUAGUAUGUAACAUUUUGAUUUUCAAAUGCUAGUUUAUCUUUUACAUUAUUGGAAUAGACCUGGAUAAUUAUCUUUAUACACUUCUAAAAAAAUUCACCAAAUUCAAGUUAAAAAAAAGAAGACGACGAAGAAAAGUGUAUGUUUUAAAAUAAAACAUUUUAUGGAAAAGUAAGUUAAAUCAUAAUCUUUGAUUUAUUUUUCAUCUUUUGUUCAAUUUAAACCUUGUUAGUGCUGAUUUUAUUAUAAAAUUGUACUUUACUAUCAAACCUAGUUAGUUUAUUUCUUACAGAAAUUCUCCUAUUAUUUUGAAAUUAUAUAUUUUUGAAAGCUUUUUAAAAGAUACUAUUGCCUGGGAAAUUCUAUUCAAUAAAAUGCUAAUGAGAAAAGAUAAUGUGUACUUUCUUCCA